AUGCUACAAUUUUUCUCUCAUUCGACUUCACCCAAUCAUUCCUCAAGUCUACCUUCCAUAUCGUGUCGGCACUUGAUCUAGGGAGCCACGAUAAUAUCUCUUUGACACAGAGUCGAACACGUGCAUAUCAUCCCUGUUCUUGCAUACAUAACUCGCUAGGCAACGCAUAGCCCGCAUAUUCGAGUGCUUAUUGAUGGUCCAAGAAAUGGAAUGUUCAGUUAUCGAAAAUUUGGUAUUCUAAAGUCUGGCUCAAGCUCCAAAAUACAAAUCGUGGAGCAAUAUACUGCUGAUCCACCAGCGAAAAUGUCUGAUCCUGAAAGUCACCACCGGUCUCCUACCCCGCCCCAUAUACUCCGCCGCCGUGGUCACCAAACUUUAAGACGAAAUUCUGACCGUCAUUCUUAUGCUGGGAUGGAUAGAUUUCCCCUUUAUUCAGAUAACCUUCACCUACCUAGGAACAACGAACUGGACCGACACCAUAGGGGCAAUUCCCCAAACAGUGAGAUUGAUGUACGGAGAGCAGAUCUGGUACAUGAGCGAUUGGGUACUGAAGAUUUCACCUUUUUUCCACGAAAAAGUGUAGUCACGACAAAAGGCGUAGAAGCAGUAUGGAAUAUGGAUUCGACCCAAGAUGUAACGAUACACUUGGACUUCGAAUGUGAUGAGGAUAUUGAAGCUCAUGUGGAAGAGCUUUCUAGAUUGAGAAAGCUAGGCGAUUUUGAGGCCGCGUUGCAGUAUAUUGAAUCGUGUCCAGAUGAGUGCAGAAAUAAUAUGGACUUUGCUGUCAACUACGCAUAUAUCUUUUUAAUGCAAGGCGAUCUUGACUACAAAAAGCUUGAAAGGUUGGGAUCAGCUUUCCCCAAGAUAUACCAGCAAUGCAUAGAUUGCGCAAUCUUCAAAAUGAAAAUUCUACGGACCUCGGGCUCUGAAUUCGAUUAUAACGCAUGUAAUCUUCUGGAGUCUGAAAUGGCUAAGGAGCUGAAGUCAAAUUUUCCUCGACUCAAUUCAAUACAGUUGCGGUUAAAUGAAGCAUCCAAUAUAGCAAAGAGAGUUCCCACAACCGAAUGGAAGACCCUCUACAAUUAUCUCGCUUCCCAAAAUCGUGUCUCAGAUAUGCGAGAUCUGUUCCAUACUAUGUCAGAAAGCGACAUCAUGUCCGCAAUCCAUGGUUGGUUUGAAAUGAAUCUAACCUCCGAGAGCUCCAUCAGCGACUUCAUCGCUCUUUGGACUGAAUCACGCGAUGAAUUCACAGACAUUGCUCUUCUUGACGUUUUGGCGUCAAUGUGUUUACAGAUAUUCUUGAAUUACGUGUACCCUCGCAAAGAAUAUGUUAGGCACGCUAGCCAAUGUAUAGAAUAUGCUCGGCAAUUCGCCAAUUCUGUCAGUAGUAACAGUCCCAAAGACACCAAGUCCGAGUCCUACUUGACAUGGAUCUUGGCAGAAGAAAAAUUGUCGAGAAUCCUAAAAAGGAGCGAACCCCGCUUAAUUAACCAUUUCAGAGGGUUUCCUGGUAUUGUCAUUUGGCAGCGCGAUGUUCCAAUUUACGUUCCUUUUUCAAAUGAAAACCCGGGGUGGGUCAUAGAUGAGCCACUUAGACAAUCCAAUGACCUGCUGGAACUCGGGCUGAAUACGGCACGGGAAUUGGGCAACUUUUCGUUGGAAGGAAAGUUCUUGGAAGAAAUCAUUCUUGGUUCUCAGGCACCGAUGGAACUAUUGAGAGAGAGAGCGCGCCUACAGAAAGAUGUUCAAGGAUAUCGGCAAGGCUAUCUUGCAACAUGUCUGACAAUGUAUCUUGUGGCAGCAAAUGAAACUGUGCAAAGAGAACUGUACGACGACUUGACCAACUUUGAUGAGGGAGAAAUAGGAUAUUCUGAAGAUCGUGGUGAUGCUAUCAUGUUGAAAUGGUGUCAGAACAGAAUCCAAAGGGCGUUGUGCAUCUCUCUCAAGGGUAGCAAAGAACAACUGGACAAAUAUACACGGAGAGAAGUGUUUUUGCAUAAGAAAGUUUCAGAGAAUCACCCCGAGCUUUUUGAAAGCAAUAUGAGAGCAAUGGCAGUGAAUGAACAAAACGAUUCUUCUUUGAGGAUUGGUCGGAGUUAUAAUGAUAUUUCAUACCUUUGGUAUGAGAAAUCCUCUGUUGCUAAGGACGAAAGAUAUUGGGAGAACAGACCAAGAAGCAUGUUUGAGAGCAUCAAUACAGAUAAGAUCAGGCUUUCAAGAGGAGAGAUGCAGUCGGAGAGCGAUAUGGAUGGAUCAGAGGAAGGAACAUACUCAAGUGAAAGAGAUAGAAGGUCGCAAGGGAAGAAAAUUGCACGACCUUUAGGAAAACACGUCUCUUCACCACAGCAGGCUAAUGGAGCCCAUAUUAAUGCGAUAGGGCGGACAGGGGCCCGAGGGUCAUUAUAUGGGAACACAAGCGAUGAAGAUGGCAUUCGUGGCGAAGACGAUCCGAAUCACAGGAUCACCCGAAGCAAAUACGAUACAGAUGCAUAUCAAUCAGAAACCUCUGUGUAUGAAUCUUGGAGCGAUCAAGAUGAGCUUGAUAAUAGACGAUAG